GUGGUGAGUGGGGAGCGGAUCGUCGCGUCGUUCCGAUGAUUGAAUAUCGCAAAUAUUAUGCGUGUAUUCGUGUCGGUGGCGCUCGACGUUGUUAUUAAUGAAUUGCGGGGCGUGUUCUUGUCGUGUGUGUCUGAUGGAUGCCGAGUUUACGUUGUUUGUUUGCCCAGGACGUUGAACGAUAUUGAAGAGUUCACGGAUCGGAGGAUGCGUCAUCACUUUGCCAUUGCGAUAAGAAGGUCGGCAGGUGAAAGCGUAGAAUGCCAAGCGACGCCGAGGAGACGGGAGGGGAUCAGGAUAAACCCUUCGUCGUGGAGCGCGCCAAGAGCGGCCGCGCCAAGUGCAAGAAGUGCAAAUGCACGAUCGAGAAGGACGAGUUGCGAAUGGGCAAGCUUGUGGUGAGCUUCUUCUCGGAUGGCAAGUUAAUGCCGGCCUGGCAUCACGUAACUUGCCUCUUCGAGGUGUUCGCCAAGCAGCGGGCCACUACCAAGAGAAUCGACGAUCCUGAGGAGGACGUGAAGGGCUGGGAGCGAUUAUCCGACGAGGACAAACGGAUCAUCCUGGACAAGCUGGAGGAGCUUGAGAGAUCAUCUCCGACCAAGGGUGCAAAGAAGACCACAACGCCACGGAAAGGUGCGGGCGAGUCCUCGAGUAAAGUGACAGCCAAGAACUCAGAUCAGAGGACGAGGAAGACCGCGACGGUCGAGGAGAAGAAGGAGAAGACUAAGGGGAAGGAUGAGGGCAAAGACGAGGGAAGUAAGGGCAAGGCACCGUCGAAGGAUGACUCGUUCCGUGAAUUCCGACGUGUGUGCAGCAACGUCGCCGAUGUCGACGCUUAUACCGAUAAGACUGCGAUUAUCCGGAAGAUGUUCAUGCGGGGGACGCAGGGUGACGGUUUUAAGGGCGACGUCGUACUCUGGUGCAAACUGUUGCUACCCGGCGCCGUGAAGAGAAUUUAUAAUCUGCAAAGCAAGCAGCUGAUAAAGCUGUUCGCGCGAUUGUUACUUCAGGACGAGAACUCGAUGUUGGAACAUCUGGAGCAGGGCGACGUGGCUGAGACGAUCAGCGUGUUCUUCGAGAACAGCGUCGCCGUGUCGCCUUGCGCCAAGAGCAUGUUGACGAUUCAAGACGUUGAUCUCUUCCUGGAAAGAUUGUCGUACUUAACCAAGGAAGAGGAACAGAUUCAACACUUCCGAUCUGUCAUCGAUAAAUGCACCGCCAACGACCUCAAGAUGAUCAUACGAUUGAUCAAGCACGAUCUGAGGAUCAAUGCCGGUCCGAAGCACAUUCUUGAGGCAGUCCACGAGGACGCGUACAAAGCCUUUCAAAUGUCACGUGAUUUGGAAACGGUGAUACGACGUUUCUUGGUCGAUUUAACGGAAAAGCCGGCUGCCUCAUCCCCUCCGAGUCGGAAUAAAGUGGGCCUUUCGCUGAUGACGCCCGUCUUACCAAUGCUGGCGGAAGCCUGUACGUCCGUGGAAAUGGCGAUGCGAAAGUGCCCGAACGGGAUGUUGUCGGAGGUGAAAUACGACGGCGAACGCGUGCAGGUGCACAAGAGCGGCAACGAGUUUCGUUACUUCAGCAGAUCCCUCAAGCCGGUCAUGCCGCACAAGGUGAAUCUCUUCAAGGAUUACAUAGCGCGAGCGUUCCCAGACGGUGACGAUCUGAUCCUCGAUUCCGAGAUCCUCAUGGUUGACAAUGAGACCGGGCAACCGUUGCCUUUCGGCACUUUAGGAAUUCAUAAGAAAGCCGAGUUCCAGAACGCCAACGUGUGCCUGUUCGUGUUCGAUUGCCUGUACUACAACGGCGAUAUAUUGAUGAAUAAACCCAUGUCGGAGCGCAGAAGAAUUCUGAAGGACAGGAUGACCGAGAUACCGAACAGAAUAAUGCUGUCGGAAGUCCACGAAGUGCAUGAUCCGCAGGAUCUCGCGAAGAUGAUCAUUAAAGUGCUGAAACUGGGUCUCGAGGGUUUGGUCCUGAAAGACAUCAAUAGCAAGUAUGAGCCUGGGAAACGACAUUGGCUGAAGGUAAAAAAGGACUAUUUAUGCGGCGGCGCGAUGGCCGAUAGCGCAGAUCUCGUCGUGCUUGGAGCAUGGUACGGCACAGGCAACAAAGGUGGCAUGCUGUCAGUCUUUCUAAUGGGAUGCUACGACGAGAAGCGCGAUAAGUGGUUGACCGUUACGAAAGUCCACACGGGACACGACGACGCCACGCUGGCCGCGCUCCAGGACGAGCUCGACAUGGUAAAGAUAGGCAAGGACACGGAAAAAUUGCCGAGUUGGCUGCUGGCGAAGAAGCCUAUGGUACCGGACUUUGUAGCGAGGGAUCCCAAGAAACAGCCGGUAUGGGAGAUAACGGGCGCCGAGUUCACGAACCAAGGGGUGCACACCGCCGAUGGCAUCAGCAUCCGAUUCCCGCGAGUGACGCGAAUCCGUCGCGACAAGAACUGGUCGACGGCGACGACGUUGAAUGAGCUGCGCGAGCUGUUUUUAAAGAAGCCCGAGUCGAUGGACUUCAGCCUUCUGCUCGGAGCGUCGGAUAUCAAGGAUGUUCUUAUCAAGAGAUCGCCGGAGACGUCGCCGAGCCCCGAAAAGACGAGAAAAACUACGAGUCUGCCCGAUGAUGAACCGUCCACAAGUUUCGCGACAUUCAAGUGCAAAAUCAAGGAAGAGCCGUUGUCGGACGUCCCCGAGGAAUUCUUCAAGGUACAAAAGAGGGAUCACUACGACGAAAGUUCCGACAGUAUCGCGGGCGUUCGAUUGGAGCGAAAAAGAUUAAAAGUGGAGCGUGAUAUUAAAAAUGAAAUAGAGGAUCCUUCGUUAACGGCAACCAAGAAAAAGAAAAAGAAGAGGAAAAAUAAGAAGGAGGAGAAAUCGGAUUUGAUGGCGGGGAAGGUGCGGAAACAGGAGCCACAGGAACGUUACGUCAAUCAACUCGCCGAGGGAAUGGACGCGGAAGAAUCCUUCUUGGGAGGAACGUGUGUUUCCGACUCGGACGCCGAGGAUGACGUGUGUAGUGACGGACCCAAAGCCGCAGUCCUGAGGGAUGUUCGAGCGAGCCUUGCGCCCGGCUUCGACGACAACGGCGGGAGGAACGCGCGGAAGUUGCUCAAGAUACUCGGCGCUACGUUAGUGACGCGCGAGAAUAGAUCCGACUCGACCCACGUCAUUCACGCCCGCACGGAAAUUCCGUCGACAUACCUCGAGGAUUUCACGGACUUCCCGAAGACCGUCAAGCACGUGAGCGUAUCUUGGCUGAAGGAGGCUGUCGCGCGGUCGGGCAAGCAGGACGAGAGCUCGUAUGCGGUGGAGCUGGUGGGCGAUUAUUGCCAGUGUCCCUGCACACAUCGAUAACCCAGUAGGAAUGAUUUGUACGCACCCCAACGACGCGUCACAAAGCGACACGACGCGGUGCGACGCGACACGACGUUCACUUUGUAUGAUUUCUCUCCAACUGAAAUAAAAGUGUCCCGCCGGAUACGACUUUCCCUGAUGAUA